AUGGACACCAAGUUGCGGACCAGAUCCAGUCAUCAUCCAAGUAACCUUAGUGCACCUUCCACCACAUUAAUCUCUCAAUUACAAGAGUGGAUUCAAUGGUUUAAGGAUGAACUUGAAUUGAAGAACAAAACUGCCUCUAUCAAUGUUUCCAAUGAGGACUCCCUUCCACGUUGGGUUGAACUCUUGAAAACAAAGGAGGAUCGUAUCAAGAAAGGUUUAAUCGUCAUUCUAAAAGGAAUGCAAGAAUGGGCAUCCAAGGAUUUAAACGAGGAAUCGGCACGGAGUUUACCUUGGUUGCUCUCAGAAGCCUUAUCAUGCAUCUACGAUGAGAGGGGACUUGUUUUUCAAUGUAUUUCUCAUCAUUACCAACACUCGGUGAGAGAGCUUUUGUUGAAAUUAGAACAAUUUCUCUCAAAGAUUGUUUCUAAUGGUCCACUAAGCCUUGAUAACGAUCCUGAACUUUUUGCACUAUUUUCUCAAUUCUACAUGAUGGCGUUGAUGUUUCGAUUGCAGAAUUAUGACCUGUUGAUGCUGCAACCUCAGUCGUUUGAGGAGUUGGCAAGAAACCUAUCCCAACUCUUUAUCAAACCAGACACCCAGAAGGAGAUGAUGUUGAGUUAUUUGGUUGAUCCAUUGUUCGAGUGUGACAAAAAGAAUUCGCCAUCAUUGCAGAUUGGAUCCAUUUCUGAAAAUGUGAGACGAAGAUGUCGUAUCCUCAAAAAAAUUUCUUUCGAAAGCAAAGACUCACAAAUCAAACUUGAACUUCUCUUUGAAAGCCUUCAUCGAAAUAUCACUCCUCAAGUGACAUUCCAGGAGAGCUUGAGAAGAAAUUUGGAGCAAGCUAUUCAAGCAUUCUUUGAGCCUCUUUCCUUGGCGAACCUUAGUCAUCACUCCCUGAUUGAGACAGUUGACGGAAUGAAAAAGAAGGUCUUUUUGACGAUUAUUCACAAUAUAGCCACUUGCUCUGAAGAGGAAAUGCGUUCAUUUGGAGUCAUGGAAUCAUCCACCACACCUCAGAUUACCACUCAUUCUGAAAAACCAAGAAAGAAGAAACAAAAACAGGAAGCCACAACCCUCGAGUCUGCAUCACGACAAGCAUUUCAAAAUGUGUUGAGCAAUACAAUAGACGCAAUGCUGAACGUGUUAGAAUGCAACAUUGUUUUCUCGCAAAAACUACUUCACGAUGUCUUUGCCAUAAUCAAAGUACUAGCGACAACACCAAGAAACAAGCAAAGAAUUGAAUUAUUAAUGAAAGUGAUGGAUAUUCUUCGAAAACAUCUUUCGAAGUUGCCAACAAACAGUGCUAACCCCAGCGGACAACAACAACUUUCCUCUCAAAGUCAAUAUUUGCAGUAUGGUCUAUUUCUUCGCUCCGCAUUUUGUUUUGAAGUUGACGACAGGUGCGUCCAACACGAGCCUUUUGAAAUGUGA